AUGGCGGGGAAGCUGGAGCCUCGGGAAGUGAAGUCGCCGGAAGUCGUGGAGGAUGGUGAACAGGGAAGCCUGGAGCCACAGAUUGAAGACCUGAUUAACCGGAUUCAUGAGCUUCAGCAAGCGAAGGAGAAAUCCAGCGAGGAACUGGGAGAAGCCCAAGCUCUUUGGGAGGCCCUGCGUCGGGACCUGGACUCCUGUAAGUGGGACCAGCAGAAGGGCGCAGAGAAGGCACUGCGGACCCUCCAGCUGUACUGCCAAAGGAAGGCGGAGGAGGCACAGAGGUCGCCCAUGGAAGAACAGCUGGAGGAUUUGAUAGGCCCACACAAGGACCUCUGGGAAUUCCACAUGCUGAAGCGGCGACUGGCCUGGGAGAUCCGUGCCCUGCAGAGCAGCAAGGAGCAGCUGCUCAUCGAAGCCCCGGCGCCGCCCACGACGCCCCGGCCGCCCCCAGAGAGGCAGGCGCUGGCUCGGCUGGAGGACGUGGAGCGGCGGCUGCUUGCGCAGCCCGAGGCCCCCGCCGCCCGGGCGGUGAUCGGCGGGCUGAAGGCGGAGCCGGAGAAACUCCGGGGGGAGGCCCCCGCCCAGACCCAGAGCACUCCAGAGGACCGGGCCGGCGCUGGAGAGCAGGCCGGCCCCCAGCUCCCCAGUGAGGGCGACCUGGCGCCGCCGAUGCAGCUGGUCCCGACGACCGCCGCAGGCCGGUAGGACCCACCCGGCCCCACCUUCCUUCAAGCUCGCCCGGAAAUAAAGGCCACGUUUGCGGAC